AUGAAUCCUGAACGCGCCGUCGCUGACGCUUGGAAUCAAGUCAAGGACUUCGGAGAGAAGACUGCUUCGAAGCUACAGAAUCUGCUCUCUCAGGCCUCCGGUCGGCCUUCCACUCUAGAAAAGAACGAGUCCGGCAUUGGUAGCUUUCUCCAUCGUCACAAGCUCAUAGUUGGUCUUGGUUGUGCCGCAGUUUUCUGGUCUAGUGUUUCUUAUUACAAACGUUAUGACUACGCUCGUAAGAGACGGGCCCCCUUGGGACGCAAUCAAAUCCGGUCGCAAGUCGUUAUCUUAAGCAACUGGAAUUCUCUCUCUUCGGUCGUUGCACACGAUCUCGAAAGACGCGGAUUCGCUGUCAUUGUUCUCGUCAAGAACAAAGAAGAAGCGAAUGCAGUUUCCCUUCAACAACGUCCUUACAUUCAAUCCCUUCAGUACGACAACACUGUUGCCGUCAAUGCCUUCGCUCGUGAUGUCCAAGAUUCUGCUAGUGAUCCCUCCACGCAACUCCAUUUGCGAGGAUUUGUUUUUGUUCCCGGAGACGGUUCACAUAGCUUAAGCAUUGAGGACACUGGUCGCGAAGUCUGGAGCACGCAGUUGGCUGCACUCGGCGAUUCUUUCUCGCGUAUCAGCGUCUUCCUGCCCCUCCUCAAAGAGCAAAAAACUAAAGUCAUUGGACUCUGCCACGGGAUCUUUGGCGCCUACAACCCGCCUUAUCAUUGCCUUCCCAAUAUCGCCGCCUGCUCUCUCGAAUCGUUUUUGGAAACGCUUAGACGCGAGACUAGACUCCCCGUCAUUGCCCUCCAACUCGGCAAUCUCAACUUCUUGGAUUACACCGAGGCACCGUCUGGCAGUCCGGACAGAAACCGUCGCGUCGCAUUCCGCACUGAGCGUCUUAUGUUGAACAAAAUUUAUGAUGUUAUUUUAGGUCCUUACGUUUCCAGUACACGUUAUGUCGGUUGCCGAACCUUUUUGCUCGUUAUCCUUUCCAAAUAUAUCCCAUCUUUCUUGUUGAACUGGGUAUACAAUGCUUUUUACGAACACAGAGCGGUUCCUUUACGGAUUUUUAAGCGAGAUUAA